AAUCAUUAACCCUCAAUCCAAACAUUGUAGGUCGAUCUACAAAACUUCUCCACAAAAUUUCCAAACACAUCCUUGAAGCCCGCAAAAAUCCAACAAACUCCAUUCCCACACCUUAUACGCAUAUAAUCCGAAAGCUCAAUACUCAUCAAUGGCCUCUGCGCUUCACUCUUCCCUUUCUCUUUCAGAUAGUCGUAUCUUAGCUCCUUUCCCCACCAUCCCACACCAUUCUGCACGAUUUUCCUCCAACGUUUUUCAUAAGAAACGACACCCUAUAAAGAGAAAUUUCGUCUGCAGUCACGGCGGUAUAAAUGAAAUCACGAUCGUUGAUCUUCCCGGAAAUAAAGAAUCAAGAGCUGACCAUAUAAGGUCUUUGAAGCUCAAGUUAUUGAGUAGUGUUUCAGGGUUAAAUAGAGGACUAGCAGCAAGUGAUGAUGAUCUAAGGAAGGCAGAUGAUGCUGCCAAGGCACUUGAAGAGGCUGGAGGGCCUGUAGACCUCCAAGGUGAUGCUGAUAUACUGCAAGGAAGAUGGAAACUAAUUUAUAGCAGUGCUUUCUCAUCUCGUACUCUGGGUGGAAGUCGCCCUGGUCCCCCUUUAGGAAGGCUACUUCCGAUAACUCUUGGUCAGGUGUUUCAAAGAAUUGACGUGUUUAGCAGGGAUUUUGAUAACAUAGUCGAUCUUGAGUUAGGCGCGCCUUGGCCUUUCCCACCUAUUGAAGUGACAGCAACUUUGGCUCACAAAUUUGAAAUUAUAGGAACAUCCAGGAUCAAGAUUUUAUAUGAGAAGACUACAGUAAAGACAUCAGGAAACUUAUCACAACUACCACCAUUGGAGGUGCCCCAAGUACCAGAUGUGAUCAGGCCACCAUCAAGUCGAAGGAACGGCGAUUUUGAUGUUGUAUAUAUCGAUUCUGAUAUGCGUGUUACAAGGGGUGAUAGGGGGGAGCUACGGGUAUUUGUCAUCUCAUAGAUUUGAGGCAACUAACACUUCUUGUGGAUUUUUCCUAAACAGUUUAAUGUCAAUCGUCAAAUGUAUGCACUUGGGUUCAUAGGAAGAGCAAAUAAACAUUGCCACGUGAAUUCAGCAACCCGUAUUGCACAUUUGAGUUUUGGCUUUUCAUAGGGUCUCAAUUCAUAUUCUAUAAUGAGUGUUCCUGUUAUAGUGUGUUUCAUUACAUUGAUAGUUUGCACGUCCUAGAAAAGCAUAAUGCUUCGCAACAAUGGUACUCACAAUGUCUCAUAAUGGUAACUGUUUGUGGUAUAAGACCAUGGAGUUGAAGUGUUGAACACCAUAGCAAUUGCGAGCACAACAUAGUAGCUUAACUCUUACGGAGUAUAUGAGUGUGAUUUAUUCAUAAAAUAUGACUCAUUGUCAU